UGAGUAGGCGGGAGAAGAGAGGGGCGGGGCUUUGGUACAGCCAAUCAGCUGUGGAGAAGCGAAAAGGCGGGAAAAAGCGGAACCAAAAGACUGAGGGGCGCCAGGCACCAGGAGGGGGGCGCAGGCGGAAGGAAGGGCCGGCCUCCAGCCAGGUGACGCAGAGCGGUGCUCCAGAGCCGGGGGAGGGCCCCCCAGGCCUCGGCACUCACACGUCCCUAGAGGGGAGACCCCGGUUCUUAGAAGCAACCGCGCCCCAGGGUGGGCCUGGAGCACCCCGACAGCAGCACCCCGGCGGCCGCACCCAGCACCCCCGCCCCUUCCUGCCAUAGCCCCAGCAGCAGAGCGGCCGCCAUGCACUUCCCCGAAAGCCUCCAGGACCUGGCAGACAGUGAGGCCGUGCGGUUUCUGAGGAGGCCAAAGACCAUUGUGCGGAUCCUGGCAGGGGUCUUCUCCCUGGUGGUCUUUUCCUCACUGCUGACCGACGGCUACCAGAACAACAUGGAAUCCUCCCAGCUCCGCUGUGUCCUCAACAGCAACAGCGUGGCCUGCAGCUUCGCCGUGGGAGCCGGCUUCCUGGCCUUCCUCACGUGCGUGGCCUUCCUCGCCCUGGACGCCAACGAGGCCCGCAUCACCAGCACCCACUUGAAGACAGCCUUCCAGCUCCUGGACUUGAUCCUGGCUGUCCUCUGGGCAGGCGUCUGGUUCGUGUGCUUCUGCUUCCUGGCCAACCAGUGGCAGCACUCGCCACCCAAGCAGUUCCUCGUGGGCAGCGGCAGUGCCAAGGCCGCCAUCACCUUCACCUUCUUCUCCAUCCUCAUCUGGAUAGGCCAGGCCUACCUGGCCGUCCAGGACCUCCGAAGCGAUGCUCCCGUCCCCUACAAGCGCUCCCUGGAUGAGGGCGGUGUGGUGCUGACCACCCUGUCCCCACCCUCGGCCGCCAGCCCCGUCAACACGCCCCCCACCGGCCCCAACAGCCUGAACUACUCCAGCUCUGCCCUGUCCCCCUACGUGGCCGCCCCGAAGGCCCCCCGCCUUGCAAUGAUGCCUGACGACUAGACAUGCUUAUCCAUCCACAAGAGUAAAGCCACGGUCCUCCCUCCAGGAGGGUUUCCGGAA